AUGGAAGGAAUCAUUGAUGAAGUGGAAAGCAACAACAACACUGAGCAUUAUUGUAACAAUCACAACAAAUUUUAUGCAAGCGAUGAAACAUUUAUGGAACAACGAGCGAUUUUUCUCCAUCAUGUUAUCAACAACUUCAUCACUCAAAUAAAACAAAGUGGAAUAAUUCACACAUGUGGUGCUCGAUUGUUCGAUUUAAAAUAUUCAGCAAUCAGUGGAAAUGGUUUUUUUGUAGCUGCGGUUCAUGAAAUAUUCAAAUCAGCUCAAUUUCCAACAGCAGCGUUUGUUCUCACCACACUUUUGAUCAUUGAAGGCGGAAUAGAUUUCUCGUUCCCAAAUAAAUAG